UGAAAAUUCAAAAUAAACAAACAUAAAAUAAAUAAACGUCUGCUAGUGCUAAAUUCAAUUCAAAAACUCUAUUCAUAAUCUCCCAGACAACUCGAAUAAAAUGUAAUUCAAACAAUUUCACCUAAAUUAAAGUAACACGUCACAUUAUUCCAUAAAAAAUGGACUGUCUGGUGAUUUUUGAUCAUUUAAAUGAUCUAAUGUUUACAAAAUACAAUUCCUGCUUUGAAAAACACAUAAAGAAUUUGGCCCUUAGUCAGGAAUUAAUCUCCAAGGACCAAAUGGAAUAUCCAAUAGACGACAACAUUUUCAUUCAAAUCUUCUCCCCAAUAGUGCAAUCUCAUCAAAUCAUGCAUUACCAAUUUAGUAAUUCCUACACUACCGUUGAGUUUAGUAAGGAUUUGAAUCUUUACUUUCAAGAGUACAUGGGUUACCUCUUUAUGACAAUCAACAAUGGCGUUAUAAAGCAUUUAAUUGAUAUGUAUGUCACAUUUGCUAGAUACAUUUGUGGCCCAGAUAUCUAUCAGUUCCAAGCAAAUAAAUCAAAAGCUACCAUGUAUGGACUCCUAAUAGACAAAUGGUUAGCUCUACGAAAUACAAAUCAAGCUAUUUUUGUGGAAGCUGUUGAGCAACUUGUAGUAAAUAGGGAUAUCAGCUCUACUUGCAUACAGAGUUUGAGAGAUUCAAUUUCAAAGUUGUCCCUUCACUUUGAAUGCUCAAAAGUCCAUGGGCUUUUGUUUGUUGAUAAUAAACUUUUGUCACUAUAUUCUAGUUCAAACGCCAAGCAACUAUCGGCAGCUGACAUUUUGUUUGUUACAAUUUUAAUAAAUUGCCUGUCUGAAAAAACUGGCACCAUAGAAAGUUUCCAAGUAUUAUUAUCUGGUCCCGAGCAAGAGCCAAAGUGUCUGCCUCACGCGGUUCACUUAAUCGAACUUUUCGAAAACGUUUUCUUGGUAUACUUGGUGGAAACUGUGGAUCCUUUGGUAGCCGCUCCUCUAUACGAAACAUUUUUACAUCUACACAAAUUGCGAUACCUACAAACCCAAAGAGAAUUACAGUCUAUUCAAAUUGGUCACGACAAUUUGAGUGUAGCGGUCAAAAAACUUAAUGAUGGUUUGAGAAAAUGUAAAAUUAAAAGUUGCGAUGCUUUGCAUAAACAAUUAAUGAAAAAAUGGGAGGUUCUUAAUAUGAAAUAUAAGGAUUAUUUGAAAACAAACUUGAAUGAAUCCAUCCUGAGAGCUGAAGCACUGGCAAUCAAUUUUUUAGACGAUCUCAAAAAGCUCUACAAUUGCAUUGCAAUGGAUGACUCAUUACUAACUUGUAGUACAAAUCAUAUUUCCAAUUUGUUUCCUAAGGUCGCAAUAGAUUUGGAAGUUUUUAAAGACUUUUUCAAAGUUAAAGGAAUCAAGAAUUUUUCGUUGGGAUCAAGAGAUUCCCUAACGAUAAACAAGUAUCUGGAACGGUUUCCUGGUCUGGUUCACUUUUUGUAUAUCGACAGAAAUACUCAUAGAGUUACUACACCUUCACUAGAUAUGCAGGCUGAAAAAGCUGAUUUCAUACGUGAGCGAAUUUGGGAAAUGAUAGAUUUCUGUCAUUCCCAUUUACAAGAGGGCCAUCAUUUCAUAAGAUGGCAGGACAAAAUUUUCACAUACGGUUACUUUUUCUGGUUCGAAGAUAGCACCGGGAAAAUUCCUAAACCAUUAGCAAACUGGAAUAUGGGCAAUACAAUUCCCGGGAUUUUAAAAGAGGAUUAUUACUUGAAACUAAAAACGGCGCACUUUCCAAAAACCACUCCGGGAAAAAUAAGAACUUACGAGCUGUUUCUGAUGCAUUUAGGAUUGGUGACACCGGACUGUAUGGUGGAGCAGGCUAGGAAACUGGCAGCUACAAUUUGGGAACUGAAAGGGUUUCCAAGUCAUGCCAUUGAUUUGCUAUAAGAAUUGUAUUUUUGGUUUUACAGAAAAUUUUGUCCCCUUUCAGAAAAUCUAUAAUACAAAUUGAUUCGUUGAGAAUUACUAAAAC